AUGCUACAGCUGACCGACUUGCGAUUGUCCGAUUACGCUCGACUUGUCAUUGGCGCAACUUGUCUAUGCGUAACAGCCUUGAUUUCUCAUACCUACCUUUCUACUAGUAGCACUAAGAGCAGCCUUUCCCGUCCUCCAUCCCCUCUCACGUGGAGACUUCGCGGCCAUCUCAUACCUCCUCGCAACGGAUUUCUUACCGUAGCGUCAUGGAUUGAAGAGUAUGGCCCUCUCAUUACCCUACGCACAGGAAUCGAGAAGUACAUUGUUAUUGGUCGAUAUAAAGCUGCAGCUGAAAUUAUGGAGAAACAAGGCGCAUCGCUGGUCGAUCGUCCUCGUUUCAUUGCUGCCGGAGAGUUGCUCUGCGGGGGAAUGGUUAUUCUCUUUGUUCCCGCUGGCGAGAGAGCGAUACACACUCAUCUCCAGCCAAAAGCAGCUGAGGCAUAUCAGCCGCUCCAGACCUCAUACGCAAAGGGCACUGUCAUUGACAUUCUUAAUGAUCCACACAAUUUCCAGGAUCAUGCGCGAACUUACGCAGCAGCAACGAGCAUGAGAAUUGCAUAUGGAAAGACCACGCCUACAUCUGCGACAGAUCCUGAAGUGAAAAGGGUCAUUGAGUUUGCCGAUAAAUUCCGCGCUGCAUUGCACCCUGGCGCGUACCUUGUAGAUUCAAUUCCGUGGCUGAAAUAUCUUCCUUGGUAUGCGCGAGAGCUGCGUGACAGCUGUCGAGAUUCGCGGAAGCUCUUCAUAGAGCAACUUGGUCGUCUCAAACAGGAGUUACAGGGAGGUGGUGAAGUUAGUCCUUCGCUCGGAAGAUAUCUUUUGGAAAAGAACAUUUUUAACGCAAUGCCUGAGCUGGAGAUAGCUUACCUUGCUGGUACUGUCUUUGCAGCUGGAUCCGACACGACUACUCUCGCCAUAUGCACAGUACUAAUGGCAGCUGCUUGUUUCCCUGAGGAACAACGUAAAGUUCAUGAAGAGCUGGACGCGGUCAUCGGGACCGACAGAGCACCCGCAUUCACUGACAAGAAAUCACUUCCUCGCCUUCAUGCCUUCAUUUCGGAGGCCCUGCGAUGGAGGCCGUUGAUACCUAUGGGUAUACAACACCGCACGACACAGGUAGUUGUUUUUGAAGAUUAUCGUAUUCCAGCCGGGACAACAGUAUUUGGCAAUCACUGGGCCAUCUCUCGCGAUCCAGACGUCUUCCCAGACCCUAACGCAUUCAAGCCUGAUCGUUGGCUUGAUACCGAAGGGCGCGUGAGAGAUGACCUCAAGUUCUUUGUAUUCGGUUUUGGUCGGCGAGUGUGUCCCGGACAACAUGUUGCAAAUAGCUCGGUGUUCAUAAAUGCGGCGUUCGUCCUUUGGGCCUUCCGGCUCACGUUGGAUCGCACGAAGCCGUUGGAUGAUGUGGCUUUCAUGAAUGGCAUUCUCCCGAAUGAGCAGCCAUGUACGAUUGAUUUUCAGACGAGAAUUCAGGAAGCUGAGCUCAGGCGUAUAAUGGGGAGGAACGUUGGGGACACUUGA